AGCCCAGAGCCAGCAGUCUCAGGGCGAGGAUGAGCGCGGAGCACAAGAUGAACGGGGAGGACGUGGCUCUGAACACACUAGACGACUCAGAGGGUGGUAGUACACGUAGACGUGUUCGCCACAUCGAUUACAAUCACUAUGCGACGAAGAAGAGCGCCGCUCAGAGCAUGCUAGACGUGGCCUUGCUGAUGGCCAACUCAUCCCAGCUGAAGACCAUUCUCUACGUGGGACCUGAGUAUCGUUUCUACAUCCCCCUCAUCGUCCUGUUGGCUCUAUCUAUUACAUUACAGGUCAUAGUGGGGCUUCUACUCGUUUUUAUAGCAGUCAAGUACGAUCUCAACGAUGAAAGGAAACAGGCCAAGCUGAGCAGGAUGAACAACGCGGCCACCGUCUUUGUCUUCUUCACUGUUCUCAUCAACAUCUUCAUCACAGCGCUCGGGUUUCAGGGGCACGCGAUUAGCUCAUCCUCCACGCCUGUGUUGACAAUAACAGAGCCCGAGCUCUCCCCCCUGCCCAAUUACCUGAACAAAACAGGUGGGACUUAAACCAGACUUUGGACCCAAGCUUUGUAAUUUCAGGGGUUAGUGGUGGUCAGAAGACUCUAUGCCUUCAGCUGUUUGAGUUUCACCAUCUGGACAGAAUCUGUAAUUCCUUAAUGGACUUAAUGGAUGACUUUCAUGCAAAGAGGCUGCUGGAUCCAGACGGAGAUUAACUGAGACGUGAACCUCACCUCAUAUAUUUAUUGAAUUAACAACCAGAGACUGUGGUUGAUAUAUAUUACCACUGCUUCAUCUCUCUUUAAGUACACGCCAACAAACUAUUUCAGUCUUAUUAAACUUAAUUGAAAACUGAAAUCAUUAACCUGCAACUGGGCAGUCAUGAAUUUGUAUGCCUUUCCAAACUGAAAGCACAGAAUUUGCACAUUUUAGCAAUGCUAUGUACAAUAUUACUUGCAUAUAAUGCUGUUUUACCAUUUUCAGUUCAUAUGUUCAUGCUAAACUUUUUUUAUAACUAAAUAAAAAUUUGAUGAAAUCAGAGAACAUGUGAGCG